AUUGUCAGGCCUCAGCCAAGGGACUUUCCAUGCAUUCAAACCUUCCUACAGGCCUUUGUUCCAAAAUUUGACAAGGUUCCUUGGCUUAGUGAGGCCAGCCUGGUAAACAAGCCUCUGGUACUCAGCAUCCCUGGAAGAUAUCAUGCCUCUGCCACUGUUCUGACUUUAUCCAAGAAGGAUAUGGAUUUGCCAAAUUUGCUUCAGGUUCCAGAUGUCAUGUUGAAGGCCAGAAAAUACGAGCAUGAAAAUCUGUCGCCCAGGAACAAGCAACUGUACCACUCCACAUGUCGAGAAAUGAAAACGGUACAGCCGAAAAAUUUCAUAAUCCCAGACCAUGAGAAACCAUCCUUCCAGAAUUCUGUGAAUCCCAGAGUGAUGCUCCUUCGUCAUUCCAAUGUCCAGCAGUUUAGUCAUCCCUGCAAUGACAUCCCAACAGAGAGCAUUCGCUACAGACUGCCCAUCAUGGGCCCCAGGACUGCUAUCUUCCACAGGCUGUUGUCCAGUGCCUACAAAACUCCUCAGGAGACUCAAGACCUCUCCUUCCCCAGAAAGAAGCUAAUGAACAAGACCGUGAAGCAGUGAGUGGUCAGAGCUAAUUACCCCAAACUGUCAGGGAAAAGGCCACCUCUCCAAGCUGUCCUGAUGCUGGUGCCUUCCCGUAGUCUCGCAUCUCCCAAAAGAUGAUUCACCCUUUCCUUCCUACAUGCUGCUAUUCUAGCU